ACGAUGGUGAAAGUUAGAGUAAACAGAUUUGGCUGUAUUGGGCACCUAAUUACCAGGGAUGCUUUUAACUCUGGAAAAGUGGAUAUUGUUGCCAUCAAUGACCCUUUCAUUGACCUCACCUACAUGAUCUACAUGUUCCAGUGUGAUCCUACCCACAGCAAAUUAAAUGGUACAGUCAAGGUUGAGAAUGGGAAACUUGUCAUCAAUGGAAAGCCCAUCUCCAUCUUCCAGAAGAAAGAUCCCACCAACAUCAAAUGUGAUGCUGGUGCUGAGUAUGUUGUGGAGUCCAUUCGGGUCUUCACCACCAUGGAGGAGGCUGGGGCUCACUUGAAGGGUAUCAUCUCCACUCAUUCUUCUGGUGCCCCCAUGUUUGCGAUGGGCAUGAACUAUGAGAAGUAUUACAACUCUCUCAAGAUUGUUGGCAAUACCUCUUGCAACACCAACUGCUUGGCCCCUCUGGCCAAGGUCAUCCAUGACAACUUUGGCAUCGUGGAGGGACCCAUGACCAUGGUCUAUGCCAUCACUGCCACCCAGGAGACCAUGGACGACCUCUCUGGGAAGCUGUGUCACCAUGGCCAAGGAGCUACCCAGAACAUUCUCCCUACUUCUUCUGGUGCUGCCAAGGCUGUAGGCAAGGUCAUCCCUGAGCUAAAUAGGAAGCCCACUGGCAUGGCCUUCUGUGUCCCGAUUCCCAAUGUGUCAACUGUAGGUAUGAUCUGCAGCCUAAAGAAAACUGACAAGUACAAUGACAUCAAGAAGGUGGUGAAACAGGCAUUAGAGGGCCCCCUCAAGUGCACCCUGGGUAACACUGAGGACCACUUUGUCUCCUGUGACUUUAACAUUGAUACCCACUCUUACACUUUUGAUGCUGGAGCGGGCUUUGCUCUCAAUGACCACUUUGUCAAGCAAAUUUCCUAUUAUGACAAUGAAUUUGGCUACAGCAACUGGGUGGUGGACCUUAUGGUCCACAUGGUCUCCAAGGAGUAUGAGUCCCCUGGACCACCAGCCGAAGGAGCAAAAGAGGAAGACACAGUGCCUCAGCUGCUGGAGAAUCUUUGCCCCAACUCACCCCCCCCAACAUACUGA